AAUUCCCAAGAAAAAGAAAAAGCAGAAACAAAAACACAAUCAAAACAAAACCAAAACCCAAAAACAAAAACAAAAAACAAAUCACUUUCUUAAAACACUUUCAUCAUUCUUCACUAAGUAAACCAAUUUAUCUUUGUUUCUCUAAUUCUCUCAAAACAAGAAACAACAAUGCUCAUUAUUACUCUCUCUUCUUCACUGACUGACUCCCAACUCGCUCUCUGACUCAGUCCCCUUCCCCCCCAAAUGGACGAUUCCACUCGCCGUCGCCCUAUCAGUCUCAAGUCCCGCCAGAGAUCUUGGUGUUGCUCCUUUGCCGUCCCGCCUGCCAGCCCCGAAAACCUCAAAACCCGGUACCCGAAACACGAUCCGGUUUCCAAACCCGGUCCCAACUCGGCCACCUACUCCUCCCCGCAGAGCUCGAAGUCUGGGUUGAACCUGAACCUCGUCAACCGGAUCGACCCGCGUCGGAUCUUGUCUCCGGGUCGAGUCUCGCCCAUAGACUCGGAUCCUACCGUUGAGUCGAUGCCGGAACUCGGGCCAAGUCAAACCCAGUCUCCGGCCGCCGAUAUAACAGUGCCCAGAUCAAGAUCGGGCUCGUUCCGGGCCCCGAACGAGGGCGCUUGCACGAACUCGUCGGAUUCGGGUCGUCUGUCCGCGUCGGGUUCUGGAGAUGGGGAUUUGUAUGAUGUGAGGCUGAAGUUGAAGGGGAGACAUGGUGGGUGUUUGGUUUUGGAGAUGAACUCGGGGGUUUUGUGCGCUAAUUCGGUUGUUUUCGCGGGUUUAAUUGAGGAGUUUAAUAAAAAGAAUAAUAAAAAUGUUAAUAAUAGAAACAAUGGAGGGCUGUUUGAAAAAAAGAGAAAUGUUUGUAGGAUUGAAGUGCCUGAUGUGGAGAAUUUGGGGAUGUUUAGGCAAACAAUUGAGCUCAUGUUUGAGGAGAAUGAGAAUCUCACUAAGAGGUUAUUGAAGAUUGGGGUUUAUAGAUGUAUUGAUAUACUUGAGGUAUCGGCAGGAAUCAUGUUUACUAAAGGUGUUUCAUCUUGUCUAAAAUACCUCGAGGCUGUUCCUUGGACGGAGGAAGAAGAGGAAAAAUUGAGGGGCCUCUUUACAAGGUUCAAGUUUGACGAGACAACAACUAGAGACAUUUUGGCUAGAUUAUACUUGCACGAUGCUGGAGACUCCCAACAAAAUUUAGCCCGACAGCUUGUUUGGUCCAUCACGACGUGCUCUGACGCUAAUGCUAGAAAUGAGCUGAAGUCAUUAGUGAAGGGUCUCCUGUGCAGAAGCUCCGUUUAUGAGAAGGACCAACCUGACCUCAACAAGGAGGAUUUCUAUGUUGUUUGUCAGUCCUGUUUGGGUUCACUACUGAACCUAUUUGAUGAGGCCUCUGGCAAUUACCCCAAGGAGAAAGUAACAAAAGAAGAGAGGAGUAAACCUUUGAUUGAGCGCAUCUCUAGACAGGUUGAUAAUAUCAAUUGGCUACUAGAAAUCCUGCUUGAUCGGCAGAUGGGAGAAGAAUUUGUGGACUUGUGGGCAGAUCAAGGGAAACUACUUAAAUUGCAUGAGAAUGCAUCUCCAAUGAUUAGGUAUGAGCUGAGCCGGGUUUCAGCAAAUUUGUUUAUUGCAAUGGGGACGCGGAAACUGCACUGCCCAUGGGAAGCAAGAUCAGCGCUUUUUCAAGCGUGGUUUGGCCCUAUGCUAUCAGACUUUGGUUGGCUGCAGAGAUGCAAAAAAGGGCUCGAAAUGAAGACCUUAGAGGAAGCAAUGGGUCAGACACUGCUUACACUUCCAGUAAAGCAGCAGUACGUGUUGUUUAUGGAAUGGUUCCGGUGUUUCUCCAAGCACGGUACUGAAUGCCCCAACCUCAGCAAAUCCUUCCAGAUUUGGUGGCGAAGAUCAUUUCUACGAGGCUCAGAAACCAACACUGUUGAAUCAAGGUAAUCUGUAGUGUUGAUCAUAAUUGUAUUUUUCUGUAACGUCCCACUGGCAUAUAGCUUAAAGAGAUUCUAAAACAUCUGGUUGAGUCGUCAAUAAUGUAGAUCAACUAUGUAGAAUUGUUAUAAGAGGUAUUAAAGCAUAAAAAUGGCUUUGAUUUUCGGGUGA